CAUCCCCCUCCCCCUCCUCACCCUCGCCGACAAUGUCCGCACCCAGCGGGCCCGGCAGGUCAGUGCAGCAUCAACACCACCACCAACCCCGCACCUUCCUCUCUCCACGGCGCGUCGUCCUCGCCACCGCGCUCCUAGCAGCCGCUGGGGUGGCGCUCACGUGGCCCGCGCUGCUGUCGUCUCCACCACUCGCAGCGAGCGACACGACGACGCUGGACGAUGAUGAGAUUGCGCGCACAGCGAAAGCUGCCUUCGGCCGCGUCGUCGACCCCUCCGAGCCGUGGGGCGCCGCCUGGAUACACCCCGACGCCGACCCGCAGCUAGGCACCCUCGACCUCUCGUACGCCGGCGGCACACCCUCCGCCGAGGGAUGGCUCACCCACUGGCUCAGCAUGGGCGGGGAAGGCGCGCUGACCGUCAUGCUCAAGCACACUGGGGAAGAGAGCGACAACCUCACGUUUCCGCACCGGCCGGCUGCGUUCCCCGCCUUCCUGCAGCCGAGUGCCGACCUGCCCGUCGCCGGCGUGCUCGUGCCCUUCGCGUCGUUAAAGCUGCCAAAGCAUGACAAGGUCGGCGGCGAGAGCGACGACGACGACGUCGCGGCGGGCGACGCUGCAGCCCCACUCUCCGCCGGCAAGCCUGAAUCUGCACCAGAACGCGCAUGCCUCCCCCCAGCCUGGCCACCCAUCCGGCCCCACCCUCCCAAAGCCCCGUUCACUGUCGCACUCGUCGAACGCGGCGGGUGCGACUUUGCGACCAAGGUGCGCGCGGCGCAGGAGCGUGGCGCCGCCGCAGUCAUUGUUGGCGACUCGACAGCGCGCGCCGACGAGACGGACGAGGAGGGAAGGAGUAGGGAGAACCUCAUCACCAUGUUUUCGCCUGAAGAUACCACUGGCAUCAUCAUACCCUCCGUGUUCGUGUCCCGUGCAAGCUACCUCACCCUCCGCGAUCUCCUCUCAAAUCAUACCGUCCAUGGACACCCUGGUCUCCGUGUAGAGUUGGGCGAGGCGACAGACGACGGCAAUGCCCUCGGUAGUUUACUCACUUUCGCCCUCCUCAUGCCCUCCCUUUUCCUCCUCGCGACAAUUGUGGCGCAUCGUAUCAGGAUUGCUCGUCAGCGCGAGGCUAAUCGCGCCCCGCCAACCGUGGUCUUAUCUCUGCCAGAAAGGGUCUGGACACCCGACAUUGUGUGGGAAAAGGACGACUCGGACGAGUCGGACAAGGACACCGAGCCUGAGAACGCAGGGGCAGGAGACUCCGAUAUCAAGGCCCCAAAGUCUACCCCUGGAUCGCCACUUACCACGGUAAGGGAGACUUCGCCCCCCAUUGAAGGCGACGCUGCCGCUGGCGCAACAUUGGAGGUGCCAGACGCCCCUACGCCAGUGACUGUUGUAGCCGAAGACGCAGCAACACCAGCGCGGCCACCAGCUCCUCCACGCAAGUCCAAGACGGCACACCGGGGAAAGAAGCGUCGACCUAGCAAGCGAUACUAUUCCAAAGACGAGUGCGCCAUCUGCAUGGACAACUUCCAUGCAGGGGAAAUCGUGCGAAUCCUUCCCUGUGGUCAUGUCUUCCAUAAGGACGAGUGCGACGAGUGGCUCCUCAAGUGGCGCAAGCUGUGCCCAACAUGCCGUGCGGACGUCACCAUUCCUGCGAGCGAUCUCUCGUCGUCUGCCACUCUCACCCCUGUCGUGGACCGCUCCGAUCCCACCGCGGCCCAGGAAGCAGCAGCAGCUGGCAACGACGACGCGACCUGGGUUGACCGGGUUGGUGCGAGGGUGGGUGCGGCGCUGCACUCGCUUCAGGAGUCUGUUCGUGCCGCUGUCCGCCGGCCCACCGAAACCGUCGACGAGCGCACGCCUCUGGUGCCUCACGACGCGGUGUAAUUAUACCCCGUAACAUGUCACGACUCUACUCGGCCACCCGCUAUCUAUCAUCCCUAUUCUACCAGGACUCGGCCUUGUUCUAUCGGUUGUACGCCAUUUGAUGCCACACUCACCGUGAGUACUACACAACAA